AUUUCAUUUCUAUGCGGUUUAACACCGACUAUACUUUUUCAGCAAAUUUAGGGGCACAGGUUGAAAAAAUAGAGUUGAUAAGUAUCGAUUUUUUUAGAAAAUUUGUGAAAAAGUACUUCUUUCAGUCGCGAGAAUUCAGUAAAAGGAUAAAAUGGAUGCGUUAAGAGAUGAGGUAGAAUCUCUAGAAGCUAUAUUAAUGGAUGAUGUUAUAAUAACAAGGAAUUCUGAAAGUGGAGUGCCAGAACUUAUUGAAACUACUGUAUUUCCCCAAGUUGGAGACGAAGAUGAACAAUAUGUGUGUGUAACCCUUCAAGUAAUCCCUUCAUCGGAUUAUCCUGAAACAAGUCCUCAAUAUAAGUUAUUACGGCCUCGGGGCUUAGAUGAUGAUCGGUUGGAAAAAAUUAAACAUGCAUGUAACGAAAAAUUGCAAGAAUCUAUAGGCUUUCCAGUAGUUUUCGAUUUAAUUGAAGUUGUUCGUGAGCAUUUAACAGGAAGCAACUUACCCAGUGGGCAAUGUGUAGUUUGUCUAUAUGGUUUUAGUGACGGUGAUGAAUUUACGCGAACAGAAUGUUUUCAUUACUUACAUAGUUAUUGUCUAGGACGUCAUUUAAAUGCCUUGCGGCGAACGUAUAAAGAUGAAUAUGAUAAGUUGCCAAGUUGGCUUCAAAAAACUGUGGAUCCUUUUCAAGCAUUAUGCCCUGUUUGCAGGGAACACAUUAAAGAUGAGGAGGAUAGUUUGCGUUGUGCAAUGCCUCCAUCGGAGUUGGAACAAGCACCAGAAUUUAUAUUAACACGCGAACUUCGGGAUCUUCAACAUCGCAUGUCUGCUUUAUUUUUGAAACAAAAAAAUAAAGGAGGCAUUAUCGAUGUGGAUGCAGAAAGUGGAAGCGUUAUAUCUAUCGAAACUGAGGAGGAGAUAAGAAUGCGUUUAGAAAGUAAAAAAACGUUUGAUGAAAGAAAUAAAACGGAAAGCAUGUCUCCUGAAUGUAAUAUACUAAACUCUGACGGAACUGGAUCCAGUGGAUGGCGAAAGCAGAAUUUCGGGUCAUCAGUGUCUACUGAACAAAAAGAACCAACUUGUUCUAAAUCUUUAGGCGGUACAAACUGUGAACCCGUUGUACAACAGGCAAAUAAAGUGAGUGGAGAACCCACUAACAACAAUUACCAUCAUCACAAUCGCCGUCAUUACCGUGGAGGUAGGCGCCAUCAACAACAUUAUCAUCAUCAUCGUGGUGAACGGGAAAGAGACCGUGAUCGAGGAAACGAGCACAUUAUAAACAGUGGUGGGUCCAGUGCUAACGCAUCUUCAUCCACUGGUGGUAAACAAGCAAAGGCUCAGGUAGCCAAUAAUAGCCACGGCAGGUGACGAUUAGUACGAAUUAAUAUAAAGCAUUAUAGCGAAGCUACUAUUUCCAACUAUUUUUCCUCACAUUGUCAGCAGUUCGAUGCGUAUAAAUGUGAUAUUUAUUGUGCCGAGAUAUUUGGCACGCAGCUUCUAUAUACUUAGCCAUGGCAUGUUUGAAAUUCAAUUGAGUUUUGUUUUAUUUUCUAUCUUAUCGAUAUUGAUCUGAUCUCAUUAGGUUACCGAUAUACUCUUUUAUGUAAUAUAUAUGUAUAUAUUUAUUUUUGUAUCGGUACGAAUUUUAAUUACUUUUUAUAGUUCAAACAACGCACACUUACGAUUUAUAAAAUUAUCAUUUAAUUUCGCUCUAAUUAAUGAAAAUGCAAAUAUUUAGGGUAAAUACUACCAUUUAUAUUUUUUCCUAACAAUAUCCACUCGGCCGAAAUGUCAAUGGAGAAUCUGCGAAUGACGUUAUUAUAAAAUAAAUAUAUUUGAAUUCAACUACAGAUCUUCCAUUGUAAUCAGCAAUAACAAUUUGCCAACAGAGAAAUAACAACAUGUCGCUUUAAUUACUUUGACAAGUUCUUACAUAGCCUGGAGAUUCUUUGUAAUAUUUGAAGGCAAAGAACUCAUAAAUCAAUAUUUGAAGGACUUAUUUGUAACAUUUUCAAUUCCCUACUUCAAAUAUUGGAUAUUGAUAAAUGUGAAAUGUAAAAUAUAUCUUAAGUUUUGAUUUGUUCUGUGAUUCUUUUAGAUUAUUUGGUUCAAACUCCAUUUCAAAGAAGUGUGUUGAUUAGAAAUAUUUUGGGAAAGCUCAUAGUGAAGUGGCCAAGUUCCAUUAUUUCAUUUCAACCCAAUCGAAAGAUGAAUUACAAUAAUUUAAAUUAUCGAUCACUAGAUUUUUGCUAAUAAAUACUUGUGAUGUGUGCAGCUGAGAAUAAAAAACCCACAACGAACAAAGUUAUUGGAAAGCAUUACUCAAACUAUUUUGGCAUUGUUUUCUUCAACAUAAACAACAAUAACGAAAGUCACCAAUAAUUUUUUUAUUUAUUUAUUUUAUAUUGAAAUUUAAGGAUCGAUAUAAAAUCGCUACAUAGUGUAAACCUAAAGAAUGAAAAUAUUAUAAAUAAUAUGAAAAUGAUUAUGGUAUGAUACCUUUAAUAUAUAAAAGCAGAAAUUCUUCGAAAAUACACCACUACUUUUAAUUUCUCCAUCCUUCCUUUCUUAUAUAAUCUUCAUUUAUCUUAAGUAAAUGAAUUUGAAUAACAUAAGUUCAUAUAUUGAAUGUAAUAUAUGAAUAUUUAGACGAAUAUAUGUGUAUAUUUGUUAUAUAUAUUAAACAUGCACACCUAGGUUAGUAUUGGAACUUAAUGCCAAUAAAUCGUGGUUCGCUGUUGUAUGAAAUCGAUAUUUUACGAAAUUUAAAAUCUAAAAAUGUGUGUCAUGCUCUUAG